UUUUCAUACGUGUACCAUUCGUAUGCAUGUUAAUAGUCUAAAAUUACUACUUUUUGACAUGUGAAUUGUCACCAAAUAUUGUAGAUUUGCUAUAAAAGCAUAUUAAUUAAGGUGAUAAAACCGCACCGGCACGCAGGUGGACAGCACAGUUUGGGGUCUUCCGUCUGCUUAGCGCGUCGGUGUCGCAGACUUGAAGUUCUUUCUCAGCUCGUAGGUUGUUUUCCGAAUUUCUCUAAAUCGAUCCGUAAGUCCAUCACAGUUGUAAUUAUUUAAAUGAUUCCUUAAAGCAACUUCUUGGUUUUUAUUGUAACUUCGCGAUUCUGGUAAAUCUCCCGCUGUGGUUAACACGCUACAUCGCCCUCUCGUAACUGAAACUCUAUAUUACAAUAUGUUAGAAAUUCCUUGCAGACACUAAAUUAAUUUGUAUUGUCAUUGUGUUUCAUUUUUUGAAGAACUUUCCCGGGUUCAUAGCAGAUUCUUACUGACCUGUGUGUGAGCUAAACUGUGUUUAUAAAUUAAUGGAGACGUACUCCGGUGCCUAUGGCGAGCAGACUGACUCGGCGAAGCAGCAGGAGAGACAUUACUACCUCCUGUCUGAGCUCCAGACGCUUGUAAAAGACUUGGCCAGCUCUUUCCAGCAGCGCCUGUCGCACACCACCCUGAGUGACCUGGCCCUUGCGCUCAUCGAUGGCACCGUGUACGAAAUCGUCCAGGGGCUGCUUGAGAUUCAGCACCUAACGGAGAGGAACUUGUACAAUCAGAGACAGAAGCUGCAUAGUGAACACAGAGCUCUCAAACAGGAGCUUGUUCGCAAGCACAAGGAAGCACUACAGGCCUGCAAAUCCCACAACCUGGCAGUUCUGAGGAUGAACCAGCAGGCGGAGACAGAGGCCUUGGAGCAGCGUGUGAAGGAGGAGCAAAGCAUGAUGGAUGAGAAGAUUGUAGUGGAGCUGGACCAGAAGGUGGUGGACCAGCAGACGACACUAGAGAAGGCAGGGGUUCCAGGCUUCUACCGGACCACCAACUCCCAGGAACUGACCAUGCAGAUGAACCUGCUGGAGCUGAUUCUCAAGCUGCAGCAGAAGGAGUCUCAGUCUAGGAGCCUUUCCUGAGGGCAGUGUGCCUCUGGGAGAGGGGGGCCCUGGCCAAGCCUGCCACCUACACUCACGUGAACAUCACCCCGUGGUGUUCCGCUCUCCUACCGUGAUGCUGUAGAAAAUCCCAUCACAGUCGGUCUUUGAGGGGGACUUUUUGGAGGAAAAGCAGUUAGCAAAUGGAGUCUGUCGACCUAAUGGGGGUCCUGUCAGCACUACUGAGCGCAAGAAUCCUAUUUUCUGUGUUUCCUUACCGUAUGGUAGCAUGAAUGUUGGUUUGUGUGUAUGACACACUGACGUACGUCACUUUAGUCUGGUUUUUUUUCUGUAAUCCUGAGCUGCAACUGAAAUUGCUUUAUGAGAAUAAGAGGCUCUGUUGCCCCAUUUCCAAAAUGUGUGAAAAUCUGAUGGUAAAUAAACCUGUUAAUAGUUCUGUUAAUCUG